CUUUCAAUUUAAUUUUAUAACUUAAUUUAUACAGAAUAUUGUAUGAAAAUUUAAAUCUAAAAAGACAUAUAUAAGAAUACAUAUGUUUUACAACACCCACGGGCAGAAAUUAGGAAAAAAGUGUGCCUAUUCUAAGCUACGCUCCAAAAAACCGCCUUUUCCCAGAGAACGCGUCAUAUGACGUAAGGACAGGCAAACAUAGGCGCUGCCGCCCUCGUUCUCAGUGUGGGUUUACGUAGUCUGAGAGGUGGAAACAGAAAAUAGAGAUUGUCGUUAUCGUUAUUAUAGUUAUAGUAGGUUUGAGUUGUCACAAUGGUGAAUUCUUGUGUUUGUUUUGGAUGCAACAACUCCAACUUGUCUGGCCAUCGGGUCCACCGAUUUCCAAACAAGAAACACAAAGAUUUCCGUGCUUGGAUACGUUUCGUCCAGGCAAAGAGAAGCAAUUUCGCUGCCUCCUCGUUGACAAGACACACGGUGGUAUGUGAAAAACACUUCACACAGGACAGCUACAACCAAGGAGAUCUUAUGGAAUUUCGCAUGGGAUUUCGACGAAAAGAGUGGGUUAGGCUGGCAAAUGGAGCUGUGCCAUCGGUGCAUGCAAGUCCACCUGCAAAAUCUGGCGGGAGUGAAGAGUCUAACGUUAAUGUUAGCACUAGGAGAGAAUCUGCGCGUCGAAAACGGGAGCUUUGCACAAUUUUGGGAGAGAGUGCUGCCAGCAAAGACGGGGCGGGUGCAACUGCCACUUCAGAUCCUGAAGAUGAUGGAGAUGGAGAUAUCUCUACAGUGGACCCUGAGCCAGAAGUGGUCCAUCGUGGAUCACAGUGCAACAUAAGAUUUUUACAUCGUUCAUUAGGUGUUCAGGUAAAGCCUCAGAUGGUGGAUGUGGGGACUCAAACCGAAAGGUUUGAGCAUCGCAGAUCAACUCCACUGGCCAGUCCUGAACAAAGUGAUGAUGAAUGGUCAUUUUCUGAUAUCAUCAAUCAUUCUGGUGAUAUGUCAUGGAGUCCAGGGGAGGAGAUGUUGAGCGAGUCCUCUGAGGAGGAACCAGAAGAGCUGGAAUCUCUCACUGACCCAAAUGCUGUUGACAAGUUCAUUGUUUGCCAGAGGCAGUUGCUGUCCUUGUUCACGGUUUGCUCUGCAUGCUGCGGGGAAACCCAGGGACACAUAAUGCACCCGGAAGGAACUUUCAUAAAAGUCAAGCAGGCCUGCAGAACUUGUGGUUAUGAGCGUUACUGGCAAAACCAAGAGAAGGUGCAUCGAAACAUGCCUGCCUGCAACCUUUUACUCAGCGGUGCCAUCCACUUCUCAGGUUGCAUGGCUACUCAGACAAUCAGGAUGCUGAAGCUGUUUGGACUGCAGUGCAUAAGUCCCGGGACUUUUUUCCGCCAUCAGCGCUAUUACACUAUCCCUACCAUCGUGCAGGCCUGGAGGACUGAGCAGAGGGGGAUCAUCAGGGUGUUGAAGGAGACUGGGGGUGGAUUGAUCCUGUCUGGUGACUGCAGAUCAGAUUCUCCUGGACACUGUGCCAAAUAUGGUAGCUACUCCUUGAUUGAGGAUCGAAUUAACAAAGUUUUGGAUGUUCAGCUUGUCCAAAGCUCAGAAGUCCCAAGCAGCUCUUGGUGUGAGCUAGAGGGUCUAAAGCGGAGUAUGCAGUUCCUGAUGGACCAAGACAUGCAAGUAUCUGCUCUGAUAACAGACAGAAAUCGGCAGGUGGCCAAGUGGGUACGUGAGAAAAUGUGUUCAGAAGGAACAAGGCAUUUCUUUGACGUCUGGCAUAUUGGGAAAAGUGUACAGAAAGCACUGGAUGCUGCUGCAAAAGAGAGGGACUGUGAGGAUCUGAAGCUGUGGAGGCCAGCCAUUAUCAACCAUCUCUACUGGACCGCAGCUUCCACCCCUACAGGAGAUCCAGAUGAGAUGCAGGCAAAAUGGCAGAGUAUGAUAAAUCAUGUACAGGACAUACAUGAACACAGCACUCCUGCAUUUACCAGCUGCGCACAUCCACCGUUGGAAGGAGAGGCAAGAAACAAGGAGUGGCUGGAACCAGGAUCACCAGCAGCCACUAAACUGGAGAGUGUAGCUGCCAGGAAAGCACUGGUAAAGGAUAUUCGACAAUUGUCACCUCAGCAUCAGACAUUCUCCCUGGAGGCCUACCAUUCCCUCAUUCUGCACUUUGCUCCCAAACACACUGGCUUUUCUUUUCUUGGGAUGUACAGCAGACUUCUCUUGGCAGCCCUACAUUUCAAUAGUAAUGGCAACCGAGAUGUAGCGCGAACUAGUGAGGGUGAGGGACGCUAUGCUGUUCGCUACCCACGGUUUCGGAAAGGUGGCUGGGUAGUCCACCCCAUCAAGGAGAAACCAUCUUACGGAUACGCAACAAAUCUUAUGGUCUCUCUGGUAGAGGAAUACUGCAAGUCACCACAGGCCCUACAAGAAAGCAGUGCCGUCUUGUCCUCUGCUGCACCGCCCCCCCUCACCUCUUCCCUCCAGAAGGUUGCCAAGGAUGAGGCAGUCAGCCUCCAUCUCGCAUGACACUCACGUUUUAAC